UUGCUAUAGCUCUCAUUGCGACCGUUUAACGCUCAUCGGUCACGUGAUCAGGAUCCAUUUCAACUGAAGCUCAUUUCAAGGAUUCAAUUUAAAAUGUUCCGCCUGAGCGGACUGGAUGGUCCAGAUCCUGUCAGCCGGGAACCGAACCGCUGUGUGUUCGGCUACAUGAUCAGCAGAACCGGGUUUUCUUCAUGGACUCUGGUUCCGGUCCAGCAGUUCCUCAGGUUGUAGCUAAAUUAGAGGGAGACGUCUCCGGUCCAAUGUCCUCGGGCUGUCCCCCCCAGUCCCCGGCCGUAGCCAAGACAGAGGUAGCGGUGGAGGGAGAGUGCCCCCUGCUGGCAGCUACCUUCGCCUACUGGGACAACAUCCUGGGGCCGCGCGUGCGCCACAUGUGGGCGCCGCGUGGCGAGCAGCCGAUGGCGCUGAGCGACGGCGAGGUCACCUUCCUGGCCAACCACACGCUGAACGGAGAGAUCCUGCGCAACGCCGAGUGCGGCGCCGUGGACGUCAAGUUCUUCGUCCUGGCAGAGAAAGGCGUCAUCAUCGUGUCUCUGAUCUUCGACGGCGAGCUGAAGGGCGACAAGAACACGUGCGCCCUGUCUGUCAUCCUGCCGCAGACCGAGCUGGCCUUCUACCUGCCGCUGCACGCUGCCUGCGUGGAGCGGCUCACACACGGCAUCCGCAAGGGACGCAUCUGGAUGCAGAAGGGCUACAACAUCAUCUCGGUGCUGAGCCUGGAGAUCGCCCCCAUCAUGGAGCUGCUGGCCUCCAUGAAGUCUCACUGCGUUCCUGAGGAAAUCGACAUCAGAGACACCGUGCUAAAUGAUGACGACAUCGGGGACAGCUGCCAUGAGGGCUUCCUCCACAAAGCCAUCAGCUCCCAUCUGCAGACGUGUGGCUGCUCCGUCGUGGUCGGAAGCAACCCAGAGAAAGUAAACAAGAUCGUCCGGACUCUCUGCCUGUUCCUGACUCCAGCUGAGAGGAAGUGUUCCCGCCUCUGCCGGGCCAGCUCCUCCUUCAAGUACGACACGGGUCUGUUCGUCCAGGGACUCCUGAAGGACUCCACGGGCAGCUUCGUGCUGCCGUUCCGCCAGGUGCUGUACGCGCCGUACCCGACCACGCACAUCGACGUGGACAUCAACACCGUGAAGCAGAUGCCGCCGUGCCACGAACACACCUUCAACCAGCGGCGCUACAUGCGCUCUGAGCUCAACGCGCUGUGGAAGACCGAUAGCGAGGACGACAUCCCGCCGGAAACCGUGAUCCACACGGACGAAACCUUCACCCCGGACCUGAACAUCUUCCAGGAUGUCCUGCAUACCGACACGCUGGUCAGAUCCUUCAUAGACGAGGUGUUCCUGCUGAAGCCCGGCCUGGCCCUGCGGAGCGCCUACCUGGCCCAGUUCCUGCUGCUGCUGCACCGCAAGGCGCUCACGCUGCUCAAGUACAUCGAGGACGAGACGCAGAAGGGGAAGAAGCCGUUCCGGGCCCUCCGGAACCUGAAGGCCGACCUGGACCUGAAGGCCGAGGGGGACCUGAACAUCGUCAUGGCGAUGGCUGAGAAGCUGAGGGCCGGGCUUCACUCCUUUGUGUUCGGGAAGCCGUUCUACACCAGCGUGCAGGAGAGGGACGUGCUCAUGAGCUUCUGACCCCACCAGGUCAGAACCGGGUCAGAACCCGGUCCAACCGGGUCAGACUGAAGCUGUUUGCUUCCUUCGUCUCCAGGAACCAGAACUUGGACUGAUGUCAACUUAGACUUAAGCUGAUAUUUGUUUUAAAUGUGCUGAAUUUGUGAGACAACUGGAGCUUUUUAAUAUUUUAUAAUCAUGAAUAAUUUCAAUUAUGAUGAGUUACUAAACUCCAGCUCAACUCUGAAAAGUUUAUAGACCAUAAAUCAGCAAAUCUGCUGAGAUGGAAAGCUUCACAUCCUGUUCUGCCUUUCUCUGAUUGGCUGUCAGAGUUCUCUGCCUUUCUCUGAUUGGCUGUCAGAGUUCUCUGCCUUUCUCUGAUUGGCUGUCGGGAUCUGAUUUGCUUCAUGUUUUAUCUUAUUUUGUUGAUCUUUUUUCAGCUGUUUCUGUUUUCUGUUCAUCAGCGAGAAACGUUUCAGGAAUAAAAGUUAAACAAAACAGAA